GAUGAACCCUUCCAACACCCAGCUGGAAAUAUUCAUGCUCACGGCCUAGCACAAUAUUCUCCCAAGGCAGCAGAAGCGUUUUCCUUCCCUUCCAAGCCCGAGUCAAAGCAUGAUCCGCUACCUCCUUUAUUCCAGACCCCCCAACCGCCCUUAGCUGCCAUAUGCCCCCAGCGAUGGCCUGGCAUCGAUGCAGAAAGCACCAAGAUGCUUUUGAAAGUCUUGGAGGAUAACCACUCUAGGUGGCAUAUAUUUUUCAACUACAAGAGAUUCCACAACCAUGCGCCCCAUCACCUUCUCGCAAUUUGGGCGAUGGGCGCGAGCGCCAAGGAUCAUUUUUUCUGCCUAUGAAACUCAUUGCGAGUAUCAGCGUCCUGCGUUUGAGUCACCGAAUCAUAUUACGCGCCAUAAUUUUAACGAGCACCUUGGUGAUGAACGAUUCUAUUCGGCGUACGUGGACUUCUUUGCCAGUGAGCUCGGAAAGAAAGGAUUUGCCCGCACCUUUGGAGAGUUUAUUUUUGCUCCUUCUGCAAAUUACCUAGCAGAAUAUCCGGAGAAAGACAUUCAUCCGCAGAUGCUGGCUCGCUUCAUUGGUGGAUUACUCCACCCUCUGAUUCACACCGGCUAUGGUGCAGAGUUUGGGCUGUUGGGCGUGUCAGCGGAAGGUCUGGCUAUGACUGCUGUCCACCCUGCGAAUGUGGAUGUACUUCUUCCACCUUCGUGUUUCGGUUCUCCUAUGAAACCUGGAACCUUGCAUGCCCUCUCAAUUCUCGCGCUCGUUGCUAAGGAUGAACGCUUUGAGCACAUCAAAGUGAUGGACGAGAACAUGUUUACCAUGACUGUCUCAUCUCACGGUGAGGCACUUCGAGCGUACGCUGAAAUGUGGGACUUCGAUGUAGCGAAUAAGGAGGACGUCGCCAAAGCAGUGGAGGAGCUUGCUUGGCUCAACUCGAUAAUCUAUGGCGUAGGGGGCGUAACUGGGAGGAAAGACACCGAAAAAGCGUUCAACGCCGACUUCUUCUUGAUGCAUCUUGUCACCUCCACCCUUUUCAUCUCCUCCCUCGUAACCUCUCUCUAUCAGAACUCUCGUGCCCAAGCACUGCUCCUGCGUUCCUACUUUGCGGUGAGCCUUGUGCGCUACGUGGCGCGGGGACGCCCCGUUAUCGAUAUCGCCAAGUUUUACAGCAACACUUCAUCGCUUCUGCCUUCUAGUGGUCGGGACGUUAUUCCGGGUCCACAACCGUCGCCUUUCAAGAGCACACUUCCCGACCCCGAAUCUCCUGAAGCGCGGACACCAAAUCCCUGGCUGUCUGUGGUACAGACCACGCUCGUGCACCCUAACGAACACUUGUGCAAGAUGCAGCGGACGCUUGCGCAUUUUGCAUCAUUGUACGGCUUGCAAGGACAGGGGUGGUUCGCCGCCCGCAAACAAGCAAGCGUAGCCACAGAUGACAGCAACCUCGAAGACGCUGAGCGCAGCCUGGGACUUGGGGAGUUAGAUGGAACGCUGUUCCUUCGCGUGGCUAUGCUCACUGCGCACAGGCUUGGUUGGAUGCGAGAAGGUGAGAGCGAGGAGGGGUGGGAUUACGAGGGAUUUUAUGAGCAGUGAGAAAGCGAUGAUGUGAUGUGAAACACGUCGAGAUUGUAUAGUGUACAAUGGUGGUACAAGGGUGAGUGCGUAUCGUUAUUCUGAAGGCCCAGUAUAAA